ACGAGACUUAUCUCACUUUAUUAUCGGUCAAGAGAAAUAUCAGGGUUAAGUCCACUCCUUUCCCCAAAAAUAUAACUGAUAAAUCUGCUCCAACAUGCCACCACAUGUGGCACUGUAACAGUAAUGAUGUCCCUUUGAAACAAAGCUCUGAUCCCUCUUAUUUGUGUGACGAGACUGGGCGACAAACAUGUGAUGUGUCCCACAGCAGAGGCGCACAGAUCCAAGUCUGGGGUGGCGGGAGUUCGAUUCUAAUAGACUACCCAGUGAUGUGGGCACGGUAUUUUUUGCAGAUCUUAUUAUAUUUAUCUAAAUAAAACAUGAGCGUAACUAACCGGCUUUAAUUCAAAUUGCUUAUCUGAGUACAGUCGUAAAGAGGAUCAUAAUAAAUAAGGGGGAAACGGUUAGCGGCGGGGGGCGCAGAUUCACAGGCGGAAGGUUAUGAGCACAAGUCCCGUGGGUGGUGGUGCUGAGACACGAUGAUCGGGGUGAGUGACAGGUGCAGGCGGGAACAGGGACGGGGACGGGACUGUAAAUGUAAACACACCUCCGGAACGCAGAGGGAUCGUAAUGUGUCGCGGUGAUCAAAGCGUUCGUGUGCGACGGGGGGCCGGCUGGGCUCUUAUUCUUGACCACCAGCCAAGCACGUUUCUCGCAAACCGACCAAGUAGCUGGGUGUAGGACGGGCUUCAUACCGGUGACGGGGUUUUGUGCAAAGUCACAAGUGCCAGUGAGUGGCAGAACCCCGACACACGGGCCUUCGUGGGACACCCAGCCCAGCGCUGGACUGACUGAAGCUUCGGUCCCGUCACCACCGGACACGGUGUCGAGCGUGGGCUCGGCGGGCUGCGCCCUUUCAGCACACAGGUCCCGAGAAGCUUGCUUUUUGUAGCGCCCUUCUGGUAUUGUUGCCCUGCGAUGCAUCGGGUGAAGGUGGCCGUGGUGGGGGCUGGGGUGGUCGGCCUCUCUACGGCUGUGGUCAUCGCCGAAGCCCUUCCACACUGCUCUGUCACUGUGCUGGCUGACCGCUUCACACCCAACACGACGAGCGACGGGGCUGCAGGGAUUCUCUUCGCCUCCCAGUUCCCAGAUGUACCUGUGGAACAGCAGAGGCGCUGGUUCAAGAGGACGUUUGAUCACCUGCUGCUGAUCGCCAGCUCGCCCGAAGCUGGCGUGGCUGGAGUGUUCCUGAGCUCGGGUUGGCAGAUAUUCCGCGAGGUGCCCCCCGAAAAAAAGCCUUACUGGUCCGACUGUGUGCUGAGCUUUGGUACCAUGACGGACGCAGAGCUCAAGAGGUUUCCCCAAUACAAGUUUGGCCAGGCGUUCACCACCAUCAAGUGCGAAUGCCCCUCUUACCUGCCCUGGCUACAGAAGAGGCUCGAAAAGGCUGGUGGCAUCAUGAUUCACGAAAAGGUGACUGACCUGGCGGAGCUAGGCCUCAGGUACGACGUCAUCGUGAACUGCUCGGGCCUGGGCUCCCGGGAGCUCCUCGGGGACGAGGACGUGCACCCGGUGCGAGGCCAGGUCCUGAGGGUUCACGCGCCCUGGCUGCAGCACUUUGUGCGGGUCGCCGACGGGCACACCUACAUCUACCCUGGCGCCGGUGGCGUCACCCUGGGGGGCACCCGACAGGCCGCCGACAGCCAGGCUAUCUUCGAGCGCUGCCGGCGCCUGGAACCCUCCCUGGGGUCUGCCCGGCCCCUGGGAGAGUGGGUCGGCCUGAGGCCGGGCAGGAGGAAUCCCCGGGUGGAGCGCGGGCACGUCCGGGUCCACGGUCGCCGUGUGCCUGUGGUGCACAACUACGGUCACGGUGGCUGGGGGAUAACGCUGAGCUGGGGCACGGCGCUGGACGCCUUGGAUCUCGUACGCCAGUGCUUGAACGAACGACCCCCUGAGGCCAGGUUGUGACCACGUACCUACUGACCUCCCGUAGCUCGGCACUGGCCCGCAUACACGCUCGUAACGCUGAAAUUCACAGAGCCCGGCUUCAGACUUUACUAAACAUUUAUCUUUAAUUAAAAAUGUAACUUUGAGGUUUCCUUAACCUCGGGUAGAGGCGUGUUUUGAGUAGAAGGGCCCAGUGAACGCACGAGUGUUUAUGACUACAGUACACCCAACUGACAAUGAAUAACUUUAAACUCAAUAAAUUAACCAGUGGUGUUAACAGUACGUGAGAGA